UUUUGAUUGAUACCUAGGUAUUAUAUAAGCUUGUUUUUAAUUCAUCCUGGUGAUUCUAUUUAUUUGAAUACUAAAUAACAUCAAUCAAUCAUGGCUCCAUCAGCAAGUCAAAAUCUCGCUAUCCAUCCUUCAACUAAGAUCAAGGACCUCGCUUCCCCUUCUAAAGCUACUCUUCCUCUUCCUGAAAAUGCACGGGCUCGAUUGGAGAAAGCUGGUAUUGAUCUCUCGGAUGGUUAUCCUACACGUCCGGGUCGUCCUUUAUAUCGUAUGUUAUUUCCCAUUAUUCACCUUCAUUCGUAUGUGCAGGGUAUUCAAUAGUCCAGACUGCAGUCCAACGACGAGAGGCUUCUGAAUUCCUGAAUUUGGUUUGGAUAUUCAAAUCAUUUGAAGCAUUGAAUUAUAUCCAAACCUUUGAAGAAUUUCAAAUGUUGGAAGCUUAAAUCCAGUCUGUCAGUCUGGAGUAUUGGACACCCGAGAUUCUGAUUCACAUUCCAUACAAUAAUAAACCUAGCCAACUAACCUGUCUACCCUUAAAGUCCAAGAUGUCUUCGCCAUCCGCAAUACUCCACGAGAACACCACGACGCAGGAUCUCGAGCCGAUAAAACAAAGAAAAACCUCUUUGAUGCCAUUCGCAAGAAUGAUGGCAAGAUAAUUGACCUAACUAAAAACAUUGGAACGGAAAUAAGUGGUAUUCGUCUUGAUGAAUUGACGGAUGAACAGAAAGAUGAAUUAGCGUUGUUGGUGGCAGAGAGAAGUGUGGUAUUUUUGAGGGGACAGGAUGGAUUGAGUCCAAAGGUGCAAAGGGACUUGGGGGCUUGGUGGGGAGAGGUUGAGGUUCAUGUAUGUUUGUCCCGCGUUUUGUCUUUUGAGGGAUGGAUUUGUACUAAUGAUGUGCUGUAUAGCCACAAGUACCGCAUGUACCAGGACUACCUGGAGUAACCGUCAUGUGGCCUGCAUUGCAAGCUAGUGAGACAUCGAGGAAGACGGAUUUUAGAAAUCCAGGUGGUGCAAGUCGAUGGCACUCGUAAGUUUUUUUCUGUUCUUUUCUUCACUCAGUCGAGUUCGUCCCAGGAAUAUGUUACUAACAUAAAAGCUUAAAGAGAUUUGGUGCACGAACUCCACCCUGCAGGAUUAACCCAUCUACACAAUGACACUGUCCCAGAAGUCGGAGGUGACACGCUGUGGGCAUCCGGAUAUGCAGCUUACAGUAAGCUGUCCCCGGAAUUUCGGAAAUUCAUCGAUGGGAAACAGGCUAUCUAUGUUUCGGCGCAUACAUACCUCGAUCGAGAUGAUCCAAGUGCCGGGCCUAAAUACAUAGAACGAGUACAUCCUAUUGUGCGUGUUCAUCCUGUUACUGGAUGGAAAACCUUGUGGGUGAAUAGAGCGAUGACAAAGUCGAUUGUUGGAUUGGAUAAAGCAGAAAGUGAUUUGAUUUUGGGAUAUUUAUAUGAUGUCUUCGAGAGUAAUGUGGAUAUCCAGGUUAGAUUUAGAUGGACCGCUGGGUCGAGUGCUAUUUGGGUGAGUUUUUCCUCGGGUUGGGACCAAGAUUAAAAGUAAGACGGUAAUAAACGAAGAGAUGCUAAUAUGUGAUAAUUGAAUAGGAUAAUAGAAGUACAAUCCAUAACGCCAGUUGGGACUAUGAGGGAACAGAAGAGAGACAUGGAACGAGAGUCACGAGUUUGGCGGAAAAACCUUACUACGAGGAAGGAGCAAAGUCGAGAAGGGAAGCCUUGGGGUUGGAUGAUAACUGAUUGGAAAGUUGUUGGCAUGGAAUUAUUUUUGAGGGGAAGUGUUUUAAGUGAACUUUCAAUAUCAACUUGCAUCCCAUUUCCACGAUAAACGAUUGCAGUGAUUAUUUUCAACGACAUAGUGGAAGAACGGAGUCUUGUCAAGGAGAUAUCUUAAAUCCACCGGACCAUGGGGUCGUGAAGAGAACAGGUCCCGUCUCCGGAUCACGUGGUAAGUUGAUGCUUGACCUCUUUCUUGCCUCUUUUUUCUGCUGGACAGGUCAUAGGAUAGUGAGCCAAAUCGAGGGAAACGGAUCUGAUUGUAUUGAACAUGCUUGGCGCCU